AGUACCGGAGGCUCUAUGGAGCCGCGGUCCUCGCCGACUUCCUGCCGGAGCGGCCGACUGAAGCUGGCGGGCGCCACUUGCCGCGGGGCGCGGCCCCUUUAAGAGGGCACCAUUCCCUUCCUCCUCUUCCCCGCCCCGGGCGUGCCCGCGCCCGCGCUCGUACCCGCCGGCUCCCGCCACUGCAGCCUCUGUAGCCUCUGUCGCCAUCAUGAUCUGCCUGGUGCUGACCAUCUUCGCCAACAUCUUCCCCUCAGCCUGGACCGGCCUGAAUGAGCGCACCUUCCUGGCCAUCAAGCCCGACGGCUUCCAGCGGCGCCUGGUGGGCGAGAUCAUCCGGCGCUUCGAGAAGAAGGGCUUCAAGCUGGUGGGGCUGAAGCUGGUGCAGGCCUCCGAGGACCUCCUGAAGGAGCACUACUCCGCGCUGCGGGACCGGCCCUUCUACAGCCGCCUGGUCAAGUACAUGAGCUCGGGCCCGGUGGUUGCCAUGGUAUGGCAGGGGCUGGAUGUGGUGCGCUCCUCCCGGGCCCUCAUAGGAGCCACCAACCCCGCGGACUCUUCCCCGGGCACCAUCCGAGGAGAUUUCUGUAUUGAAGUUGGCAAAAACGUCAUCCACGGCAGUGACUCGGUGGAGAGUGCCCGCCGAGAGAUCGCACUCUGGUUCCGUGCGGAGGAGCUGCUCUGCUGGGAGGACAGCGCCGAUCGAUGGCUGUAUGAAUAGCUCGAAAGGGGCUUGCUUAGGCCCUCAGCCUCCCUCCCGGCCCGUGACCAAGCCCAUCCUUUGUCUCAUCCUGGUAUACAAAAGGAGGCCUGAGUCAAAGUGUCUAUAGGAAGAUUUUCCCCAGGCUGGCCCCUGGGUUGCCUUGCCUCUCGGAAGUAUCUGUGGGUACACGGAGCAGGGGUAGGCUUUCUCCCGGUGAAAACAAUUACCUGGGAAUGGGGAGAUACUUAGCUGGGAGCUGAACUCAGAUGACUUGGGGUACUGAGGCCGGUGGAAGCCUGGUUAUGGUCUCAGGAGAUGGGAAACAGGAGAUGUUUUUGGCAAAAAUAGCCAUUGGGUAAAUACCCGCAGUAGGCCUUGCUCUAGCAGGUCUGUGUCUGUCUGCAAGUCUUUUAGUAGCAAGUAGGGUAAGAACAGAAUCGUUUUGGUGUCGAGUGCUUCCCCCACCCCAAAAAUGCUUUUGGGGAACAGUGUCAUUCCCUGAGCCUUUGAGUAGCUGUACCGUAAGCUCUAAAUCAUCGAACUGAAUCUGAGAGGCCAAGGGAGCUCAGUGACCACAGCCAUCCUGAGUGGUUGGGGUGGACAGGAUGGACAGAGGGAAUCAUCCAGCUCUGACGGCCUGGUCAGGACCUGAAUUGAUCUUCCCUUUGAGCUGCAGCUCCCCCUUCUCCCUUCCCUCGGGCAGGGUAUUUAUGGCACAAAGGAAAUGCAACAGCUUUUUAAAUAAUAAAUCCUGUAAAAUCUUU